GGGAGGGGAGGGGAGGGGAGGGAAGGGGAGGGAUUUUUAACUCGGGAACACACCGCAAAGGCCUCCCUCCAUCCAUAGUACAUAUCGAUCGAUCGAACUUCCUUUUUAACGCCUCUCUUCUCUUCUUAUUUUCAACCCACCCCCAAAUUCCAUCGAUCUAUCUAUCAUGGCAACCUUUUCUCCAUCAUCAUCAUCAUCAUCGUCUCUGCUUCAUCAACGUACAUCGAUUCCUCCCAAACAAUGUUAUUAUUCCAGAAAAUUCUCUCUACAACAAUCAACCAAAAGAGUCUCAGCUAUUCAUCUUCACGACGGUGCAUCAACUAAGAAAGUGUCUCCUGUCAAAGCCGACGGUCCUGCUACUAUAUUAAAAGACGGAAUAUUAUCCAUGCCAUCUGUCACACUUCCAGAAGAAGCCAUAGACGAAGAAAACUCAACUGUUAGUAUAACCGUGGUUGGUGCUUCUGGUGAUCUUGCAAAGAAGAAGAUAUUUCCUGCGCUUUUUGCGCUUUAUUACGAAGGCUAUCUUCCCAAGCAUUUCACUAUAUUUGGAUAUGCACGAAGUAAGAUGAGCGAUGCAGAACUUAGAACCAUGGUUAGCAAGACACUUACAUGCAGAAUCGAUCAAAGGGAGAAUUGUGGUGAAAAGAUGGAUCGGUUUCUUGAAAGAUGUUUUUACCACCCGGGUCAAUAUGACUCUCAACAAAACUUCUUGGAGCUAGACAAAAAGCUCAAGGAGCAUGAGGAUGGAAGGGUGGCAAACCGUCUUUUUUAUCUGUCAAUUCCACCAAAUAUAUUCAUAGAUGCGGUUAAAUGCGCGAGUACAUCUGCAUCUGCUGCAAACGGAUGGACAAGAGUAAUUGUAGAAAAGCCCUUCGGCAGGGAUUCGGAAUCUUCUGCUGCAUUAACAAGGUCCCUCAAGCAAUACUUGGACGAAGACCAAAUUUUCAGGAUAGAUCAUUAUCUUGGGAAAGAACUAGUCGAGAAUCUUUCGGUUCUUCGUUUUUCUAACCUUAUUUUCGAACCCUUAUGGUCAAGACAAUACAUAAGGAAUGUGCAAUUCAUAUUCGCUGAGGAUUUUGGUACUGAAGGACGAGGAGGAUACUUUGACAACUAUGGAAUAAUUAGAGACAUUAUGCAAAACCAUCUGCUUCAGAUAUUGGCCCUUUUUGCUAUGGAAACUCCCGUCAGUUUGGAUGCAGAAGAUAUCAGAAACGAAAAGGUCAAAGUUCUACGUUCUAUGAGGCCCUUACGGGUUGAAGAUGUGGUAACAGGACAAUAUAAGAGUCACACAAGAGGGGGUGUUAAGUACCCUGCUUAUACUGAUGACAAAACCGUACCAAAUGACAGUUUAACGCCGACGUUUGCUGCUGCUGCUCUUUUUAUUGAUAAUGCGAGAUGGGAUGGAGUACCCUUUUUGAUGAAGGCUGGAAAGGCUUUGCAUGAUCGUAGGGCUGAAAUAAGAGUGCAAUUCAGACACGUACCUGGUAAUUUGUAUAACAAGAAUAUCGGGACGGAUCUUGAUGAAGCAACAAAUGAGCUUGUUAUUCGAGUGCAGCCUGAUGAAGCUAUAUAUCUCAAAAUCAAUAACAAAGUCCCCGGUUUGGGGAUGAGAUUGGACAGAAGUAACCUUAAUCUUCUCUAUGCAGCAAGGUACGCUAAGGAGAUUCCGGAUGCAUAUGAAAGACUUCUUCUAGAUGCAAUUGAAGGAGAAAGACGACUUUUCAUACGUAGUGAUGAAUUAGAUGCAGCUUGGUCACUAUUCACUCCUGUGCUAAAAGAGCUUGAAGAAAAGAAAGUUUUACCCGAAUAUUACCCGUAUGGCAGCCGGGGACCAGUUGGGUCCCACUAUCUUGCUGCUAGAUACAAGGUUCGAUGGGGUGAUGUUGGUUCAGAGCAGUAAUCAAGACAAGCACUAGCAAUCAAGAACACGGAUUAAUCAUUCAUAUAUGUUUAAUUAUGAACGAGAAAUGGGAGCAAUUACACAUAUUCUGGUCUGCAGCGAAAAGUCAAAGCAGAUGGUCUCCAUUCAUGAAAUUGACCCGGGUAUUAUUACAAUUUAUUUAAGGUAUGUGAACUGGAGCGGACAAGGGGAUUACACGACGUCGUUUGGUGUAACGGAAACCGCCGAUGACAGCUGUUUAACUUUUGAUUUCUGUUUUUUGAUUAGUUUUGUACACAAUUAUCUCUAAUCUAAAUUUGUUCAAUCCUACUACAUGUAUACAUAAGUUAAAAUAAACAUAAGUUUAGUUUAUAAUUUAACAAUAUUUAUGCCUUGUGAUUUAAA